AAUAAUUAUUUUUAAAAAAUAAAAAUCUGUAUUCACUCGAUUCUCUCUCUCUCAUCGCCUAUUUCCACAUGGACCCAGUCCCCUUCUCCACUUUCAGAUGUCCUCCUCCGCCGUCUCCCCUCCGCCGCCGCCUUCUGUCUCUAUUCCGAGCUACCUCACCGGAAUCGGCCUCGGCUACUCCAUCGCCAUAGCCCUUGGUUUCCUCGUCCUUCUCUCCACCAUCCUCCUUUCCUCCUACGUCUGCUGCCGCGCCUCCCGCCGACGCUCCUCCUCCUCCGCCACCGCAUCCGCCGCCGUAGACGGCGGUAUUAUCCUCCCCCGGAUCAUUUUUGUUGCCGAGGACGACGACGACCUCGAGGCUAACGGCGAAAACAUCGUCGUCGGUCUCGAUCAGUCCGUCAUCAACUCCUACCCGAAAUUCCAGUUCUCGAAAGAAUCCGACGGUGGUGGAGAUGCCACGUGUUCGAUCUGUCUGUGCGAGUACAGGGAAGCGGAGAUGCUGAGGAUGAUGCCGGAGUGCAAACACAGCUUCCACUUGUGUUGCCUUGACGCGUGGCUUAAGCUCAACGGAUCUUGUCCCGUCUGCCGGAACUCACCGCUUCCGACGCCGCAAUCUACGCCGUUAUCCACGCCGUUAUCGGAGGUUGUGCCGUUGUCUCAGUACGCCGCCGACCGGAGAAGGGCUAGAUGAUAUUGUUUCGCCGCCCCUUAGGGUUAUAAUUUUGUGUCUCAUUUAUUGUAUUUUACCCUUUUAAGUGUAUUUAUUUAGUGCUGCUGAUUCUGUAAUUAAAUCAAAAGAAAAGCAAAAAAAAAUCCUCAUAUCAAUUGAGUUACCUUGAAAAUAA